AUGGAGCACGUCCUAAAUUCGCCGGAACUUCUGCUUAUGAUCUUUGAGUGCCUUGAAAAGGAUAAAGGCUCUCUGGCGGUCGGCCUCCGAGUCAGUCGCACCGGGUUCACCUACGGGAUAGGGUUUCUAUGGAUAUCCCCAACAUGUGAUACCUUGGCAAAAGUCAGAGCAGCCAGUCGUCAAAUCUGUGCAGAACAAGUACAGGAUCUGAUAUUCCAGAGAAAUGACUGGAGAUACUAUGAUGACCUCAAAAAUCUUGCGUUCAAACGGCUGAGAAAGGUGACGGUCAACUCUUAUGGUCGCAGCAACGAGAAUUCUUUAAAUCUCCAAUAUUUACAGCCAUCAUGGGAAGAAUUGGCGUACAAUGGCAGCAAGCUAGAUCCGGUUGUUUUGAAACAUCUUCAGCUUCUGUGUCCUCGUCUACGCAAGAUCUCACUCCCCGCGUCUGGACUUAAAUUGACAUCAAAAGCUGUUGUCAUUUUCCUGCAGAAUAGCUCCUUGGUCGAACAUGUGGAAUUUGACGAGCCAGUAUGCGAUAAAUUAUUUACUUGUCUGUCCUCGCGAGAAAAUCUGAGGUGUCUCAAGUCUGGUCGACUCAUCCACCAUGAUUCCAUCACUAAAGUAUCAGGCCUGGUUUCGACACCAAUUCGUGCUAUUGAAAACUUGUCUAUACGAAUAUCUUCGGAUUCUAUGUCUAACCUUGUGGACAUGCUCCAAUCAACUCCUCUUCGCAUUUUGAGAUUAGAGGUGGAGUUUGCGGAUCAUCUGCACAAUCAUCCCCAGCUCACAGUUUUGUCGCGAUUGGUACAUCUUCAAGAAAUGGAACUCUGUGUAUGUGGAUCCGUAAGAAUGAUCAAGAACGAGUUCAAACCGAUCCAGCAACUUACAAACCUCCGCUCGCUAUCUAUAAAGCCGGACGGGGACUAUCCCGAAAUCGACGAGUUCACGGAUAUGGACUUGGACAACCUUUUGUCUAAUUUGUCCCGUCUGGAGAACUUUCAGUUUUCCUUCAUCGCAGAGGAGCUAUCUAUGCAGGCCGCUGCUAUCAUCUCGGAUCAGUGCCCUCAUAUACAACGGUGUCAAGUAGGGUUAACAUGGACCGCAAACAUACUUCAAUCGACGCCUUUAUUUCCACAAAUAGAAGAGUUUUGUGUGGCAGCAUUUCUAGCUAAACGCUCCGCAAUUGAGAUACACGGGUGA